UCCCAGCAUGCAAAGGGUAAUAAAUGUAUUGAUAACUAUACCCCAGAUACAAAGUAUAUGGGGGCUACAUUAAAUUCAUGUGCGUCCGUCUGUCGGUCCGGCAGUCUGUAGAAAAAACUGUAUUAGAUCUUCACCAAACUUGGUCAGAAGUUGUAUCUAAAUGAUGUCUAGGUCAAUUUUAAAUAUGGGUCAUGCCGGGUAAAAACUAGGUCACCGAAAGUUUGUCCGGACCAUAACUAUGUCAUUUAUCUUUAAAUUUUAAAAUGAGUUGGUACAUUUGUUCACCAUCAUUGGACGGUGUGCCAUGCGAAAGAAUUAUUUGACAGUGUAUAUAAAAUGUGGCAAGUUUGCGGAUACAUUCUUGAAUGAGGCAUAUUCUUACUUUUCAGCAAAGGACAGGUUGUACAAUGACAUCUGUGCAGAUUUAACAUGGGCUGGGGUGGCUUUUCCCAACUCGAUGCCAGACAAUGCAGUCCGAAAGCAUGUUGAAGUUAUAGCAUCAGCCAUAUGGUAUAUUGAUGGGUGCAAGGAAAAACUCAACGAGCGGGCCAAGCAUGUUCCUAAUGCUACGCCAUUACCCACCAGAUUUUCAGACAAGUUCAACAACUACAAUGAUUGGAAGAAGAAACGACAAAAAGCACCCAGACUUGAAGUGCCUGACCUGAAGAAGCACAGUGGUGCAAUUUUUAGACUGGUGUCCAUGGGAUUCACAAACAAGUGGGGUGACUACAGGGCUGAAUUAGAGCAGGUGGCUUUAGCGUUAGAUGGAUACGCUACUUUUCUCGAUGAAUCAUGUCAAAUGCAGGCCAAACGACAAAAACUGACAAACCCUAUCAGACAAGUUGGUGAGCAUUCAGAGAUCCAACACAGGCCAGAAGUGGGCGAGGUUCAUCCAAGGUAUACCAAGUUGGAUAACACUCUUUGUGGCAAAGGGUUUUAUGAAUAUGUAAUUUUCAAUGAGGAGAAUCACAGUCCAAAUGGGUCUUUUAAAGACUUCAAUGAGAGGCAUUUCUUCAUGCAGAAGUUACAGCUCACAGUCCCAGUUGAUAUCUUGACGUACAGUCCGGGUGGUCAGCACUUAAACAUUGUUCUUGUAUGGAGAACUCCUGAAGGAGGAGGUGAACUGAAUGAGUCCAUGCAACUGUAUGAAAAGAUUAGGCCUCUACUGCCCCAAUUUCACACAAGACAAAUGAAAGUUGACUUCCGUACAAAGUACACCAAUCUAGGAGGUUUCAAAAUACCCGCAGCAGAACUGCGAAACAUGUAUGCAGACCUGACAUUAGACGCGUCUGCCGAUCAGAAUCCCGCACUAGAUGAAAGAAUCAGACAGGCAAUAUUGGCAGAUGAUGUCAACCUUGUUACAGACUUACGACACUUAAAUAAAGGCCGGCCCAAUGACACGUUUCAGGUGUUUUUUUAGAAAUUCCAGCUGCACAUCGAGCAGUUGACAGCUGCGGACGAACGUCGCCACAACGUAGAACAUGUUUCGCAAUUCAUCAGUAGUAAAGAUUUAAGAAAGCAAGUUAGCCAAAACUUAGAAGAGCAUGUGCCCAUCCCAAACGAGUCAACGGUGCUUUUUUCAUUUGUUCCAAAAAACGCGCACAGACAGGCUGCCAAGCUGUACAAAUCAAUAGUCCCGUUACAAUUCAAGGUUCAAACGAGGCAGCUGAGAAGUUACCACAUGGACGAUCACUAUUGCGCAGCGGUGUUCAAGUAUAUGAGGCAGUAUGCCAUUAAGUAUCGAGAGGAGUGUUCUUUUUUGUGUAGAUGAUAAGUCCAAAGUAGACAUCGGGGAGCCUGGGUCCGCAGUAUCCACUGGCGUCAGGGGGAAAAAAUCAAUUGUACCAGUCUCUUCAACACUCAGUGCACUGGAUCAUGAUAUGCAGAGCAAGCUCUCAUUGACACCAUCUGUUGCCCUCAAGGUUGGUGUACCUGAAAGCAUAGAGGAAUCCUUCUACAGGGGCAAUGUGACAGUGAAGUACAAGGACUCAGUGUUCCAACCAAGCACCCCAUUCCGCCAUGCAGUUGAAAUGGAACAGAUACUUACCAAAGGUGGGGCCAAUGAUGCAGUGCCACCAAUACUCAUGAUUUUCUCAGAUGGUGGCCCUGACCAUAGAAUCACCUACCACUCUGUGAAGCUAGCCUUGAUCGUUCUCUUUAAAAAGCUGAAUUUGGACAUGCUGAUUGCAGGAAGAUCUGCCCCUGGCCAUAGUUGGCUGAACCCAGCUGAGCGAAUCAUGUCCAUUUUGAAUCUCGCACUACAAAACGCCGCAUUGAUACGGGCAGAAUGUCGACCAGAGUUUGAAACCACACUCAAUGGGGCCAAUUCGAUGGCGGACAUAAGGAAAAAUGCUGAGAGAGUUGAGGGCCUGAAAGCCGCAUGGGUGCAGUCGGCAUCUCCAGUCAUCGAACUGCUCGAAGAGAGAACCAACCGACUGUCCUUGCAAUCCAAGCGCUUUGAGUGCCAGCCAGCCGCUUCUGAUGAUGAGGUGAAACAGUUUGAAGAGCAGGUGUUAGCUUUAAUUGACGAGGACAUCACAUUGGGCCAGUACCAAGAGAAGAAUGUAAAGGCUAAAGCAGCUUAUCAGCAGUUCUUGGCAGACCACUGUAGACAGCGUCACUAUCUGUUCCAAAUCAGAAAAUGUGGCAAUGAAGCCUGCUGUCGACCCCCGCAGAGCUACAAAUGGGGACCUGCCAUUUGUACCUGACCCUAUGCUAAAGGAAGACGACAGCCAACACUUUGAGAAGUUUGAGCAUCUAGUCAGCAAGCCCACCACUGAUAAAGAUCGGCCAUCUUCUCAGAAAGCACGAGCUAAUCAAGUAGCUGAAAAUAUGCAGGGCAUUCGCAAUGCUGGUCUGGUUGGCCAAAAUGUCCGAGCGAUAGUGACGUGCUACGACUGUGCCAAACCCCGGUGCGUUUACUCCCUGCGAAAACUGUCUACCAGAGAUCUGAGAUCACUCAACAGGCUCAAAGAGAGAUACGACUACUCCUGUGGUUCAGCAGUUGUCCCGGAAGGCGAUUUCCUAGAGAAUGUUGUUUGCUUGCGGAUGCAAGUGGACUGUUCAACCCCAAUGGAGUUUCCGUACUAUGCGGAUAACAACCCACUUGACGUGCUUAAGGAUGUUUGCUGCCACUGUGGGGAAGGAGGGGCGACAAAAGACCCUGCUGUGAUGCAGAAGUAUCGGAUUGUGCUUCCACAAUGUGUUACUUGCAAGCUAACAAAGGAGGCACCAAGACGAAAUCCAAUCAAGUGAAAUGUGUCAAGGAUUGAAUCAACUGAGUGCCAGCUGUGUACUUUUUGGCAGUUCUGUGUUGCCAGAACUCGUUGAUACUUGAAUAUAUGUGUCAGAUUAUGUUAUUUAGUUAAUUUGUUUAUAUACAUGUAUAUUGUUCUCUCUGGCAAA